GGAGAAAGAGUUUCUUCAUCAGUUAUCAUUCAAGAUAGUAAUACCAUCUUAUCAAACCCUUACAACAACCCUAACCUUAAUCAAUCCGCUGAAGAAUCCGUAGUUGCCGCUGCUAAUACAAUGGAUUUUGAGUUAGACCAACAAGAAGGUCUAGUUCACGAUCCUAGUUCGGUUCAAACCGGGGUUUUUGAUCACUCCAAUAAUAAUAAUUGGCAGCAGCAUCAAGAGAUGCAAGAAAUGCAGGAUCAGUUGCAAGCAGAACAAUUUUAUCAGCAGCAGUUACAGAAUAAUCUUCAGUGUUUCAAUUCUAAUCCUUUUACGCAGUCAUCAACACCUGAUCUUCUCAACUUGUUACAUUUACCCAGAUGUGGUAGUGGCGGAGCAUCAUCUUCUGCGGCAUCGAUGUUACCCAAUUCAUCAAUCUCUUUCAAUAACAAUCCGUUAAAUUUCCACACAUCUUCUCUGGAAAUAUUUGGAGCAAGUAAUGGUAACAAUAAUGAAGGUCUUCAUGGAGGUGAAAACGGGUCAGGAGGAUCGUCGAGUAUUCUGUAUGAUCAUCCAUCACUUCAUCUGAACAAUCUUCCUCCGCAACCUCCCAUAUUCAGAGACUUGUUUCAGAGCUUACCACAAACUUAUGGAUUGAAUGGAAGUGGUGCAGGUAGUUCAUUGUUUGGUGGUGGAAUUGAUGAGAGAGAAGGAUCAAUUUAUCACCAUCAUCAUGAUGGAGAUGGUAAUAAUAAUGGAAUGAGACAGUUUGAGAAUUCAGUCUUGGAUUUUAGGAGAUCAAAGAAUAUAAAUAUUAGUGGUGUUGGUGGAAGUAGUAGUACUGGUGGUUUUAGAAGAGCCAGUAGUCAUGGUACUAAACAUUUUACUACUGAAAAACAAAGAAGAGAGCAAUUUAACGAGAAGUACAAAGCUUUGAGUUUACUGGUUCCUAACCCUAGCAAGAAGCAAGACAGAGCUACAGUAGUGCAAGAUGCCAUUGAAUAUAUAAAAGAACUAAGAAGAACAGUGGAUGAACUGAAGAUCUUAGUAGAUAAAAAGAGAUGUGGGAGCAGAAACAAAAAGUUGAAAACCGAGGAGGAAGCAGCCGCAGCCGCAGCAACCGGAGAUAUGGAAAGCUCAACCAUGAAACCCACUUCAAAUGGCAAUGCAGAUCGAGAUCAGAAUUCGUUUAAUGGACCGGUAAGAAGUUCAUGGCUUCAAAGGAAGUCGAAAGAGACUGAAGUAGUUGUGAGGAUUAUCGAUGAUGAUGUAACCAUUAAGCUUAUUCAGAGAUCAAAGAUGAAUAAUUUGUUGUUGGUUUCGCGAAUCAUUGAUGAACUUCAGUUAGAUUUACUUCAUGUCUCCGGUGGCUGUAUUGGUGAUCACUAUAGCUUUUGGUUCAACACUAAGAUAAAUGAAGGUUCAUCGGUGUAUGCAAGUGCAAUAGCCAAGAAACUAAUUGAAGGGGUGGAUAAGAACUAUGCAGCAUCCAAACCUGAGAACAAUUAUUAGGUUACUGGCUUCAUUCUUUUUUUUUCUUUUUCUUUUUUUGAUAAAUUACUGGCUUCAUUAAUUAUAAGUGAAGUUAAACAUGGAAGGUUUUAGAACUAUUUAAUUACUAUAAUCGAGUCUUAAGUUAAUGCUUUUUGUUGCAAUUUAGAAGUUAUAUAAAAAAUC